AUGCAGCCUGUGAAGGCCAACGUGGUGACACCCCUGGUCAAGUCCAAGGGCCUGAAUGCAGCCAACACACGUCGGAUGCGCCGAAUCAUCGCCGAGGAUACCGAGUGGUCGCUGGCCAUUGUGCCCCAGCUCACGGAGCUCUGUAUUCAGCACAUCGUCAAGAACUUCCAGAACAACCCUAUCCUGAAGCAGCUGAUCCCGGCCCAUCAGCAGAAGGUGCUGGACCACCUGUCCCCCGACCUGCCGCUGGCCGUGACGGCCAACCUGAUUGAGAAUGAGAACUACUGGCGCCGCUGCUGCACGCAGCGCUGGCCCGUGUGCCACGUGUCCAGGCACGGCGGCAGCUGGAAGCGCCUGUUCUUUGAGCGGCACCUGGAGCAGCUGAUAAAGCACUUCAUCCCGGGCACCACGGACCCCGCCGUCAUCCUCGACUUGCUGCCGCUCUGCGGGAACUAUGUGCGCAGGCUCCAGGUGGACCAGUUCCUUCCACCCGUCCGGUUUCCAACGGCGCCGCGGGACAGGGACCACCAGUCGGACUCCGGCAGCGAGGGAGAGAUGGAGGAGCCCGCCGCCGACCACUACCCGCUGCGGGACUUGGUGGCCGGCCUGAAGCACCUCGAGGAGCUGGACCUGGUGUACGGGGUCAAGGACUGUGGCAUGAACUUCGAGUGGAACCUCUUCCUCUUCACCUACCGGGACUGUGUCUCCCUGGCGGCCACCAUCAAGGCAUGCCACACCCUCAAGGUCUUCAGGCUGACCCGAAGCAGGGUGGACGACGAGAAGGCACGCAUCCUGAUUCGGAGCCUCCUGGACCACCCAGCCCUGGAAGAGCUGGACUUGUCGCACAACCUCAUCGGAGACCGCGGCGUGCGCGCUGCAGCCAAGCUCCUGAGCCACAGCCGCCUGCGUGUCCUCAACCUGGCCAACAACCAGGUGCGCGCUCCGGGCGCCCAGUCACUGGCUCACGCCCUGGCACACAACGUCAACCUCAUUUCCCUCAACCUGCGCCUCAACUGCAUUGAGGAUGAGGGCGGCCAGGCGCUGGCACAUGCCCUGCAGACCAACAAGUGCCUGACCACCCUGCACCUCGGCGGCAAUGAGCUGUCGGAGCCCACCGCCACGCUCCUCUCACAGGUGCUGUCUGUCAACACCACGCUCACCAGCAUCAACCUGUCCUGCAACCGCAUCGGCCUGGACGGCGGGAAGCAGCUCCUGGAAGGGAUGACAGACAACAAGACCCUCCUGGAAUUUGACCUGCGCCUGUCAGACGUGGCCCAGGAGAGCGAGUAUCUCAUUGGCCAGGCCCUCCAAGCCAACCGAGAAGCAGCCCGCCAGCGGAUCCUGAGUCCCAACCAACUGUCACCCACCAUUAAUGGUCCCGAGAAACCUGCAGGAUGAGAUGGGGACCCCAGUCACACCUGCUGCAGAACUGCUCACCGGUCCGGGGGUGGGGGGUGCAGAGACCAUGACCAUCCUGAGGGUGAGUGAGUAAGUGGUAUGGGAGAAGAUGUGAACAGAGACAGAGGGCCUGGGCUGCAGGGCUAGGAAAUGGUGACCCAGUCAGUCCCUGUGCCCAGCGAGGGUAGAAGUGGACCCUCAGAAAUGACCCACUUCUUUGGGGAAUCGAAAAAAGGGAGCAGGCUCUGAGGGACAGACUGGGCAUAACCAACUUCUCCCAGGAGGAUAGUCCGUUCUCUUAGGCCCCACUUGCCACCAUUUCCUUCUCUCCAGAACAGAGGCAUGACCUCUGAACCACAGGCUACCCCAGAGCCUUCCACCUCGAGGGGAGGGGAGAGUCAGCGCCACACUGGAAAGUCUAUGAGUCAUCCACAACUUUAUUGUCCGCCAGUUUGAUUUGUACAAUCUUUGCGCUUGGAACUCCACGACAGAAAGGCCACAGUGUGAUGCGCCCAAUGGACAGAGAUCUGUCUCCUCCCCAGCCAGGCCCAGCCCAGCCCACAAGCCCUUGUCCCCAGGAUACACAGAGCUUCCCAGAUGCCCUCAGUGAGUCCCCAUCACCCUGUGGCUGCCAGCACAACUGCCGGUCCUGGGCCACACAAGAAUCCCAGUCAGCACCCUGGAGGCAUGGGAGGACCUGAUGGAUGGAAUCAGGCUAAUUGUAUCUUCAUCCACCUUUGACCCAGGGGUCCAGACCCUGCAGACUAGUGCUCCCAAAAGGGUGGCUCGUGGCCUGAAGCCACAGCUCAGGGUCGCAUGCCACCCAAGGACUCCUUCCCACAAGUAGGCGCCGGGCAGAGCACCAGAGGGGGCUCAGGUGUGACUGCAUGUGUGUGCCUGUCCAGGUGACCUAGGGUCUGCCUGUCUCUGCCUGACUCCCUCUGAAAAUUCUAGAGUGCAAAAGUGUGUGUGUGUAGCCACAGCCACUAGCAGAGGUCCUAAUUAGAGAAACAAGAACAUUCAGUGUAAAGUUUAAUUUUAGAGAUUAACUUUCUGGUUUUAGUUCUCCCUGGCAAUCCAUAAAGCUACCAA